UGUCACACAGUCCUUUUCAAAACAACCGUGAAAACGUGUUCGCGAUACGUUCCGUGAUCGCACACGAAAAGUUUUGAUUUCUUCUUAAAAAAUGGCCCUAAAAACACUGAAAUGUCGCACCUCCAAACGGCAGAAGUCCUCGCUGCGGUACAAGAAGAUCAAGAAGAUAGCCGCUAGCAAAAGGAAGAAGGAGAAGGAUGCGAAGAAGUUGCCGAGCCUGAAAUCCAAGAAACAGAAGCUGAUCCAGGUACCGAAUGUGUGCCCCUUCAAGAAGGAGAUCCUGGACGAAGUGGCCGAGCACAAGCAGUUUGAGGAACGCGAAAAAGAGCGCAAGAAGGAACUGCUGAAGCAGCAUCGUCUGGCGGCACUGGAAGGACAGACCAUUGAGUCAAUUGCCGCUGAUGCCGAUCGGCGAGGCCAGCAGUAUGAUCCAUCCAAGGCGGAAGCGGUCCAGGAAGAAUACGUGAAUGUGGGACGGGGAAAGGAUUGGUCGUUGAAGGCGUACUUCAAGGAGUUCAAGAAGGUAAUUGACGCUGCGGAUGUGAUUUUGGAAGUGGUAGAUGCACGAGAUCCGUUGGGUACCAGAUGCUCAGAGGUGGCCCAGAUUGUACGUGAAGCACCCGGUCAGAAGCGUCUGGUGGUGAUUCUGAACAAGGCAGAUUUGGUUCCUAGGGAGAAUCUGGAAAAAUGGCUCAACUUCCUCCGCAAGACCGGACCGGUUAUUCCGUUCAAGGCUACCACGCAGACCCAAAAGCACCGCAUUGGAAACAGAAAAUUCAAGGCGACGACAACGUUGGAAUGUUCCCCUUGUAUAGGAGCGGAUUUGCUGAAGGAACUGCUGGCUAACUACUGCCGAAACGAUGAUAUUCGAACUUCCAUCCGGGUGGGAAUUGUUGGCCUUCCAAACGUAGGCAAAAGUUCCCUGGUUAACUCGUUGAAACGCAAGCGAGCUUGCCUGGUAGGAGCCCGGCCCGGCAUCACCAAACAGAUGCAGGAAGUUCAAAUCGAUUCACACGUCAAGCUUCUGGACAGUCCCGGAAUCAUUUUUCAGCGCCCAAAGGAUGCCGACCAGAAUCGAUUUUUCGCGCUGAGAAACGCUCAGAAAGUGACGGAAAUUCAAGAUCCCUUCCCACUGGCGGACGACAUUCUCAAGCGUGGCACGAUGGGUUACUUCUGUAAGUUGUACGAUAUUUCGGAGUUCCACUCGACGGAUGAAUUCCUCGCGAAGAAAGCCAUCAAGAUGGGAUCGCUGGCCAAGAAGGGAGUUCCGGACGUGAGGAAGGCAGCCCGAACGCUGAUCGAAGAUUGGAACUGCGGAAAGAUCAAGUACUGCACGCAUCCACCGGAGGAAAGUGACGAAGUGCACCUAAGCGCCCAGCUGGUGUCGUCGGAGACGGCGGAAUUCAACCUGGAAAACUUCGAUGACGUCCUGAAAGCACUGGACACCGAAUAUGAGGAUAGCUUUAAAAUGAAGGACAAGGACGGCGACGAGGUGGCAGUCAUUUCCAAGGAUGAAAUCCUAACCAUGGAGCUGGACUCGCAGUACCCGGUGAACAUGGAACUUUCCAAGGAUGAUAAGAAGAACAACGCACUGGAAAAGCUCAUCAACAGUGGAAAAAUUAUCGAGGAGGACGGCGAAAGCCAAGGCGGCAAGGGCAAGAAGCGCAAGGUGAACGAUUAUGCCGAGGAGGAGAAGAAGUUUCGAAAGGAUCCCGUGUUCCAGCUGGAAGGCAAUCAGACGGUGAACAAGAACCGGAAGGCAGCGCUGAAGGCGAAGAAGAAGGCAUCCGCGCGGGAUGGAAAGAAGAUGACCGAUGUGGCCGAUGAGCUGGAGUCGAUUUCGCUGGGCGGAGCUCAGAAGAAGAAGAAAGGCAAUCCGGCUGGGGAUGAUUACGAUUUCGAUGAAAUGAUGUGAAAUCUGUAGUAGUUUUGGGGAAUCUAGUUCUAGGAAUAUAUCGAAACUUUUUUUUUUGAAAAA